AUUGGCCCAACCUCGUUGUUUGCCUGGAGGACCAUCUUACAGAAAAGGUCGUAGAGUGUUCAGAGCAAGAACCAUUAUGAGUGGUAGCAUGUUGUUUGCACUGGAAUGUGUGGUGGUGGUGGUGGGGCUUGUUCUCGCUCUCCCUAUCACCCUCUCUGAGCCCACAACGUACUCCAUGGACGCCACCGUCGCAUCGUCUGCCUUUGUCGGCGCUCAGCUGUCGGGAUCGGUGUCGGACUCGCCCAGCCAAUGGCAGAUGGAUAAUGGCGUAACAGGCGGUCUGCUCUUUGCUUUUACUCCCGACGGCCUCAACUCGUCCACAGGCCAUGUCCAUGUCCUUCCAUCCUCCACCCUCCUCUUUCCCGGAGGCUCCAACGUGGCGCUUCUCGGCUCGAUGAGGGUUGCUGCCAGGCCGUUCGACGAGCCCGACGCUCUCCUCGCCCUGCCCUUCUCUGAUGCGGCGUGGCAGGUGCCGAAUGGCCUCUCGGGCAGGGCAAUGAUCCCCAGCAGCUUCCAAUCGUCUUUGCUUGGCGACACUUCGAGCUUCCAGAUGUCCGGUAGCGCCGUCGCGGACUCACUCACUCUCGCCUUCAACAGCCCAUCGUUUGGCACGCACCUGGGCCUGUACGUCACGCCGGCAUCGUGUGCAUCGACCUCGUGUGAUGUGUUCCUCUCACCGCUGCCUUCGCUCACUGUGAACUACUAUCACGUCUGUCCGGUCGUUAGCGGCGUGGCUAACGCGCGGGUCCGCGAUUCGGAGCACACGUCGCAACCGUACGCGCCGGUGGGCGAGAACCUGGUCGUCGAGUGCGAGUUGGGCGCCAAACUUGAACCGCCGCACUCGGGCAACGCCAUCGCGGUCACUUGCUCCCCCGACGGUAGCUACUCGCCGACUAUCGGCUCCGUGGCGUGCGCGUUUCCGCCGCCGCCGCCGCCGCCGUAUGCCUGUGAACUCCUCCCGCCACCGACCAAUGGCAACAUCUCGUUCUCCAAUUAUGGCUACCGCGGCUCCAUGGCGACGUCAGUCUGCAACGCCGGCUAUGAUCUUGUGUCCGGAUCGACUACCCGCGAGUGCACCGGCGAGUCCGGCUCGCCGCCAGGCAACGGCGGGAGCGCAGGCAGCGAACCGCCGGGAUGGUCGGGCAUCCCGGUCUCAUGCAUCGUCGUCGAGUGUCCUGGACUGCUUUGGCCGACCAACGGCGUCAUCUCGUGUUCGGGCGCAUCAUCUCCGUCGGUGGAGGGCGCGUACCAGGAGCAGUGCAAUACGACGUGUAAUGCUGGAUUCUCGCUUGUCGGCGCAGCGACGCGGACGUGUCGGGCCGACUCGACAUGGAGCGGCAGCAUAGCGCCGUUUUGCUCCUCGUUUAACAUCUCGACCUCGUACGCCGUAUUCCAGGGCCCAACCGAGCUUCAAGUGCCAGCCGGCGCCACGCUCGGGUUCUCGGUCUCGGUCCGCGACUCUAGCGGCUUCCCGGUCAUGACCGGAGCCGACGCGCCGAUGGUGCGCACCUCGCCCGACGGCGUCAACCUUGUCAGCGAAACGGUGUACCGCGGCAACGGGCUGUACAACGCGCUCUUUCCAGUGGCGACCAAGGUCGGCAACUACCUCUACGAACUUGGUGUCAACAAUCUCCCGUUCGAGACUGCCCCCAACGUGCUCAAUGUCACAGUUGUGCCGGGCCCGCUCGAUCCAGGCACGACGUAUGUCGAGUACAAUGGCGAGGAGCUGGUCGACUCGCAGCUGGACAUUGCCACAUCGGUUGCGCUCGAGUAUCACAUCGUCCUCCGGGAUGAGUACGAGAACGCGCUGGUACGCCUUCCCGCUGGCGGAACAAGCGUAUUUUCGGUCAUCCUCAAGCUCGGCUCGGUCGUCACGCCGGUAUUGUACCUCAACGAGGUGACGGAGCCUUCGGCCCGACUGGCGCUUGGCAUCUACGUCGAGGUCGGCGGCACGUACACCAUGUCGAUCAAGGCUGGUGUCACCGACAUUGCACUCUCGCCGUUGAUUGUCAACGCGGCGCAAGUCUGCCAGCCGGGCUUCAAGGUCUUUUCCGAGUUUGCUUGCACCGGAUGCGGGAUCUCGACCUACUCGGACACGAUUGGUGCGCCCGAGUGCACAGCGUGUCCACAGUAUGCGACGUCGCCGGAGCUCUCGUCGACGUACCUCAACUGCUCGUGCUUACCAGACUACUGGUUUGGGCCGGAGCCGCGGACUGCGGCGUCGAUCUGCAUUCCGUGCCCAGUGGGCGGAGUGUGUGACGGCGGCGACUCGUGGCCGUACUCCGGGACGGGUUACUUUGAGAAAGAGCCGGGCUCUGCGGUGUUUGUCGAGUGCGAGCGAGCAGGGGCGUGCGCGGGCAGCAACGGGUGCUCGCCGGGUCAUCUCGGGUACAUGUGCAACGAAUGUGCGCCAGGCUACCACACCGGGCCAUCGGGCAACUGCCGCAAGUGCCCCAAGUCAUCGUGGGCGCUCAUUCUACUGUUGAUGGUGCUCAUUGUGGGGCUGGCCGGGGCGGUGGUGGCGGUUCUUGCGCUCACUCUCUCCAAGCAGCAGGAGCAUCCCGAGGGUGACGCACUGCUCAAGAUGGGACUGCGGGUCCGCCUCAUUCCGGCGACUCUGUCGAUGACGAUUGUGGCGAUGCAGGUGGUAGGCAUGCUGUCUGAGAGUCGGCUGGGAUGGCCGACGACGGCAAGGUCGGCGAUGCGGCUGGCAUCGGUGUUCAACAUUGACAUGCGGGUGUUUGGCACCGAGUGCACCAUCGGCUCGUUCCACAACAACUACGUGUUCUCGGUCUCGCUCCCGCUCAUGCUCGUGGCUGCGCUGGCUGUCGGGUUCUUCCUUCUCAAGCUGACGCGGCACAUGUUGCUGUGCAAGGUGCUCCGGGUGAGGUCGAUGAGGGCUGCGCCGUUUCUGGACGGCUCGCUCUUCACCAUCAUGCCCGUGCUGUACAUUCCGAUUGCGCGUACAACGCUAGUGUACUUUGACUGCACACAGCUGCCCAACGGCAACUUUGUGCUCGAUGCCGAUCUGGGCGUCAAGUGCUUUGACCAUUCGUGGUGGGCGCUGUUUCCGGUGGCGGUGACAGCGGUGACGCUGUAUGUGGUCGGCCUUCCGCUGUACGCGCUGGUGCGCCUGGUAACGAACCGGGCGGACCUCUUUGAGCCGCAUGUCUUCUCGCGGUUUGGCGCGCUAUACAAGCUCUACCGCACGCCGUUCUAUCUGGGUGAAAUCGCCAACAUGAGCAAGCGGCUGCUGCUUGUGGUGGCGUCACUAUUUCUUUCUCGGGCGCAGAUCGCGCAGGUCGGGCUCAUUCUGGCAGUGCUCUUUACUGGCUUGCUGGUGGUUGUCCGGCACGAGCCGUACUUUUAUCCGCUGUACAACACGACAGACCGGCGAAUCUCGCUCGCGCUGGUCCUGCUGGUCUUUGUCGGCAUGGGCGCGUACACCGAGCGCGGGGCGGACAACUCGUCGCCCAACGCGUACUUUACGGCUGCGACGAUUCUUGUGCUCAUCGCGCUGUUUCUUAUCUGCUCGGUGGCGAUUACGACCGAGAUGCGUGAGCUGUUCAAUGAGCGAUCGCACAAGUACUCGGGCUACACCCACCGCGGGCGGAUGCUGCGGCGGCACAUUGACGGGCAGCUGCCGGACCUACGGCCCGGGCUCGCCAAUCUGCUUCAGAACGCGUUCGAAGCUGCUGAGGAUGCCGAAGCCCGUGGCGACUACACGCUGAAGGGAGCGCUGAGCUCGUCUGCGUCAGCGCUACACCUUCCGCUGGCGCGGGCUGAGCUCUCACCUACUCUCGCCACCGACCUUCCGCCGGAGCUUGAGGACAGCAGCAAGGCGGAUGCGCUCUCGCGGAUCGACUCGAUUGCGCUCGAGGACACAGGCGGCAUGUUCUUCAACCCGGUGUACUUUGUGGAUGAAGGUGACGAGGAGGACGAUUUCGACCGGCAGGUCUCGGGUGUGCUCAUCCGGCGCGCUGGCCGCGGGGGAUCGUCAACGACGCUGGCCUCGACCCACUACAGCGCGAACCCGCCUACGCCGCGGAUGACCCCGUGGAUGGACGCGAUUUCCGAGUCGACAUCGUCAUUGGAAGGCGAUGAGUCUGCGCCGUGGGACUGA